GAAUGAGACAGAGAUGGAAAAAACAGAGAAAGAUCAGUUCAGUCAAGCACUCACUGCCCACCACAAUACCAUCCAUGAAACUUUCCAGGUUUUCUUUUUUUCUUUUCUUCACAUGUAUGAACUUCAUUUGGGCGCUUUCUGUGCCUAUGUUGGACUGUUUUUGGGUUAUUGUACGAAGAUGUUGGAUCAAACUCCUUCCUUUUCUUUGGAGAAAGUGACCUGGACUGAGGUUAUCCGGAUUGUUGAACAACUCUCCAAGCAAGCUACUAUUGCUGGAAUGCUUUGGAAUGGGCAAGCACCUGAAGCUAAACAACUUGGGGAGAACAUAACAUCAUAUUUCAAUGUGCUAAAAGGUUUCCAUUUGCUCUCCCAUCGAAGCACUGUUGGCGCUGGCCCAACUCUCUCUUCAAGAAUCCAUGAAUCCGUGAAACAGUUUGUUGGAGCAGUAUGGGAGGCAUGUUCUGCUCUUAAGAAGGACCCUGCGACAAAUGUGAUAGCGAUUGGGUGUGCAAUAACGCAGGUAGCAGUUUCUAUGAAGGAUGCUCUUCGACAGGUCAAGGAGCUCAAGCCUGCUUGCUCUGACCUCAGAGAUGAAGCCUCUGAUGACACUCCUACCAAAGCUCAAAGCAGGCCUGAAGAUGAUGACUUAAGCGAGGAUGAUCUAGCAACCGACUCAUCGCCUGAAGAAAUGAAAGUUGCUCAACUAGCUCAAGGGGUUGUAUCCGAGACACUUGUGACCAUAAAAGGAACUUAACUGCACCAUCGCUGGUUUCUUAAGCUAGAAACUCCAUAUGACACUAGUAAAUUUGUGGAUUCUCUAGAGGAAUUAUUGAAGAUAUGUCAAGGAAUGGGAGCACAGAUUGAUGAUACUGGAGCCUGUCUUUA